UCCCUGCGCCCAGGCCACGGGGGUGAAGUGAAGGCACAGCAGCCCCAGCUGGGCCCUCCCGAUGGAGGCGCAGGGGGACGGCGACACCAGCCACUCCAGCGUCGGUAACCUGCACGCUCUUCUCCCUGGGUCUCCUGGAGGCAAGGCGACCUUGCUUGCCCGCUAUUGCAGAAUAACAAGGGGCUUAGCCACAGGAGUUGCUGGCAAGUGGCAAGAAGAGUAAAUGAGUCAAUCCUGACGUGUCAAUCCCGACGAUAGAAAGCUCGGAGGUGAUCCACAAAUCCAAGCACCCAGAGUUCGGUUGGGAUCCUUGGCAGAUGGACAUCAGUGCCAUUUACUAACCAGCAGGAUGGAGACCACACCCUUAAAUUCUCAGAAGCAGCUCUCAGCGUGUAAGGAUGGAGAAGACUGUCAGGAAAAUGGAGUUCUACAGAAGGUUGUUCCCACCCCAGGGGACAAAGUGGAGUCCGGGCAAAUAUCCAAUGGAUACUCAGCAGUUCCAAGUCCUGGUGCGGGAGACGAUACACGGCACUCUAUCCCGGCGGCCACCACCACCCUAGUGGCUGAGCUUCAUCAAGGGGAACGGGAGACCUGGGGCAAGAAGGUGGAUUUCCUCCUCUCAGUCAUUGGCUAUGCUGUGGACCUGGGCAAUGUCUGGCGCUUCCCCUACAUAUGUUACCAGAAUGGAGGAGGGGCAUUCCUCAUCCCCUACACCAUCAUGGCCAUUUUUGGGGGAAUCCCGCUCUUUUACAUGGAGCUCGCGCUGGGACAGUACCACCGAAAUGGAUGCAUUUCAAUAUGGAGGAAAAUCUGCCCGAUUUUCAAAGGGAUUGGUUAUGCCAUCUGCAUCAUUGCCUUUUACAUUGCCUCCUACUACAACACCAUCAUGGCCUGGGCGCUAUACUACCUCAUCUCCUCCUUCACGGACCAGCUGCCCUGGACCAGCUGCAAGAACUCCUGGAACACUGGCAACUGCACCAAUUACUUCUCUGAGGACAACAUCACCUGGACCCUCCAUUCCACCUCCCCAGCUGAAGAAUUUUACACGCGCCACGUCCUGCAGAUCCACCGGUCUAAGGGGCUCCAGGACCUGGGGGGCAUCAGCUGGCAGCUGGCCCUCUGCAUCAUGCUGAUCUUCACUGUUAUCUACUUCAGCAUCUGGAAAGGCGUCAAGACCUCUGGCAAGGUGGUGUGGGUGACAGCCACCUUCCCUUAUAUCAUCCUUUCUGUCCUGCUGGUGAGGGGCGCCACCCUCCCUGGAGCCUGGAGGGGUGUUCUCUUCUACUUGAAACCCAACUGGCAGAAACUCCUAGAGACAGGGGUGUGGAUAGAUGCAGCUGCUCAGAUCUUCUUCUCUCUUGGUCCGGGCUUUGGGGUCCUGCUGGCUUUUGCUAGCUACAACAAGUUCAACAACAACUGCUACCAAGAUGCCCUGGUGACCAGCGUGGUGAACUGCAUGACGAGCUUCGUUUCGGGAUUUGUCAUCUUCACGGUGCUCGGUUACAUGGCUGAGAUGAGGAAUGAAGAUGUGUCUGAGGUGGCCAAAGAUGCAGGUCCCAGCCUCCUCUUCAUCACGUAUGCAGAAGCGAUAGCCAACAUGCCAGCGUCCACUUUCUUUGCCAUCAUCUUCUUUCUGAUGUUAAUCACGCUGGGCUUGGACAGCACGUUUGCAGGCUUGGAGGGGGUGAUCACAGCUGUGCUGGAUGAGUUCCCACACAUCUGGGCCAAGCGCCGGGAGUGGUUCGUGCUCGCCGUGGUCAUCACCUGCUUCUUUGGAUCCCUGGUCACCCUGACUUUUGGAGGGGCCUACGUGGUGAAGCUGCUGGAGGAGUACGCCACGGGGCCUGCAGUGCUCACUGUCGCGCUGAUCGAGGCAGUCGCUGUGUCUUGGUUCUAUGGCAUCACUCAGUUCUGCAGGGACGUGAAGGAAAUGCUGGGCUUCAGCCCGGGCUGGUUCUGGAGGAUCUGCUGGGUGGCCAUCAGCCCUCUGUUUCUCCUGUUCAUCAUUUGCAGUUUUCUGAUGAGCCCACCACAGCUACGACUUUUCCAAUAUAAUUAUCCCCACUGGAGUAUCAUCUUGGGUUACUGCAUAGGAACCUCAUCUUUCGUCUGCAUCCCCACAUACAUAGCUUAUCGGCUGAUCAGCACUCCAGGGACAUUUAAGGAGCGUAUUAUUAAAAGUAUCACCCCAGAAACACCAACAGAAAUUCCUUGUGGGGACGUCCGCUUGAAUGCUGUGUAACACACUCAAUGAGAGGAAAAAGGCUUCCCCACAACCUCCUCCUCCAGUUCUGACGAGCCACGCCUGCCUUGUCCCUUCCAAGUGGAUGAGUUUCCAGCUAAGCCUGAUGAUGGAAAGGGCCUUCUCUACAGGGACACAGUUCCAAGAGACGAUGGUGCCCAGACUCAAGGCCUCCAGCCACUCAUUUCCAUGGACUCCCCUGGACAUAUUCCCACGGUAGACUGUGACGCAGCUGAGCCGGCCUGUUUUGGACGUGCGAGGAUGUGAAUGGAGGUGAUGAAAAGCACCCUAUCAGUUAGGAUUAGGUUUAGAAUCAAGUCUGUGAAAGUCUCCUGUAUCAUUUCUUGGUAUGAUCACUGCUAUCUGAUAUCUGUUUGCUUCUAAAGGUUUCACUGUUCAUGAAUACGUAAACUGAGUAGGAGAGAACAGGGAUGCUAUCUCACUAGCCACAUAUUUUCUGAGUAGCAUACAGAAUUUUAUUGCUGGAAUCUACUAGAACCUUCUAAUCCGUGUGCUGCUGUGGUGUCAGGAAAGGAAGAUGUAAGAAGCUAAAAUGAAAAAUAAUGUGUCCAUGUAAGCAUGUGAGUCUGUGUAUAUUGUUGUUUCAGUGUAUUCUUAUCUCUAGUCCAAUACUUUGGGCCCAUUACAAAUAUAUGAAUUUCCCCAAAUUUUUCUUACAUUAACAAAUUCUACCGACUCAAUUGUGUAUGGAGGUUAUUAUUUGAAGGGUACAAUCACUACUACAUGCUCUGCCACCCACUCCUUUUCCAGCGACACUGCUUGGCCCACAACUUUCCUUUACGGGCCAGCCUCUGGCGUUUGCUGCACCUCAUUGCCACCUUCCUGUCUCUCUGUGCUAAACAUUCACAACAGUGUUCCACAGGCAGAUCUGGCCUAUUUCAUUAGUCACUGCGGCUUGGCUGUGAAGUACAUUGCAGGUGGAUCUUGUCGCAUGCCCCUUCAGUGUUUACCUGACCUUCUGGUUUAAGCUUUGUCUGCCUUACGCGACUGAGUGUGACUGUCCAGGUUGCUUUGCUAGGUGAAGAGAGGAGAGAAAAUCAGAUUCUUGCUUAGCCCUGGGGCAUACAGAUCUGGCACCCUAACCUAAACCAAGGCAUCUUCACUCCAAGAGCAACUGGAGAGUCUGGGUUAGCCUUACAUGGACCUCACCACUUACUGGCAGUCACAAUUGUGAGCCCUCCAGAUAAUUUUUAAGAUUGAGUCUAAGUAAGGCUGCUUGGGAAGUGGUCAGCUCAGUAAAUCACCUUUCAUUUCACAUAAAGCCCUUAACAUAGAUAGGUAAAUUUGGCCUUUGGUGGCUCGUGACUCUCAGAGGCAUAGGUAGAGGAGCAAAUUAAUAUUUGUAGCAUGGGAAUUCCUUAUCAGAAUUUUGAGGGGAAUAAAUCCUCAUCAGAGACAAAAGGACUUCAUCAUCUGGCCGCCUAUCACUUCAGUUCUCUGUAUAAAUGAAAUUUAAUUCUAACAACCUUAUAAAAAGAAGGUCCAGACAGCAGAGGAAACGUGCUGUCCAAUUCUAGGUUUUUCUCCCUGGGCCCCCUUUCCCCAGCCUUGUCUACCCUGGCCUGCUUCCUGCAUUCUCUCCAUGCCCUGCUAUUUCUGAUUCUUUGCUUCUCCUAGUGAGAUACUUUCCUUAUAUGAUAGCUGCUGAGAUGUUUCCCAGAAUACUAGAGGAAAAGAAGAGGGGAAUUUAGAAAUGUCCCUCACUGACCUAGCUCCAUUAUCUUCACUCUUUCAUUCUUCCUGCCGCCUCAUGCCCAUUCUCUUUACCGUCUAGCAUGCUGAAAAGAAGGAAGUGAUCUAAAUGCCAGCAUAUUCGGUAGUAAAUAUUAGUUGGGGCAAAAGAAAAACCGUGAUUACUUUUGCACCAACCUAAUAGCUUUGCACAUUUUAAGAACUUGCUUUAUGAAGAUAUUCAGCUAUGGAUUCUCUGCACCCCACAUACUUAGACAUUGUUCAAAUAUGCUACUUAAAAAAAAAAAACACCUUUUCAAACAGAAUUAGAGUUUUGCCAAACCUGGUAUUAAGGGAAUUGUGCAGGAGCUUUGAAAGUUUUCAAACUUUAUUAAACUAAAAUAAAUAAAUAAAUAAAAAUCUCUGUCUGUUCUGCAUAGUAUGCAUUUAUUUGACCCCUAUUUAUCAAUACUACUACGUUUUGUUUUGUUUUUUUUUAAAUUUAAGAGUAGGUAGGUGGAUUUUAAAAUAAUAUUUUAAAGACCUUUUACAUCUAUAUGUAGCAUUUAUAAAAAAACAAAAACUAAAAAUAGAAUUGAAUUGUAA